AUGCGGAGGUAUACAGAGGACCUCGGGAGUGUCUGGCGUGAUGUACCGGUAACUCCAGCUCAGGUUGCCCUGCUUCAGCAUCAGAAGGACCGCAUGUCAAAGGCUCUGCAGCAGAUGGCUUCGGUCAUUUCCAAACACGAGACAGGACAAGACAAGACGCCUGCUUCUUUCGAUGUGCCCAACUUGCUGGACAAGUACGCACCUACACAUUCGAAUAAACGGGAACGUGACGCUGCAUUGGAUUACGCUGUGCAGGCUUCAAAGCGAAAUUGUAUUCAGCCUCCGCGGAGACCAUCUGCUCCCGACCUUCCCCGCCCAUCGCAUACGCGGCUUGCGACCUACGAAGGAGGCGACAAUCAUGGCCGAGCCAAGAUCAUUGACACGAAUGCACAAUUCGUUCUCGAACCAGGUCCGGCGAUGCAGCAGAAUGCCGUCGGAAACAACGCCUUUGAGUCAAUGCUUCAAUUCAUGCAGAUGAUGGGCACCUCCGGGGCGUCUUCUGCGCCGGAUCAGGCCUUGAACGAUUCCAGUCAGCUUCCAGCUCAGAACCUAGAAAGUAUUGGAGUUGGAAGCACAGCUGCACUUUCCCCAUCGUUCAUUGAUCUGGUUGACUGGGAAGCAAGCUUGGCCAACUUUCCGGACUCUAUACUUAAUUUUGGAAAUCCCUUGCCGUCUGACAACAACAACAACAACUUUGUCAACCAUGAGGAUAAUUCUACAAUUGAGUCAACGAUGGAUAACGACGAUGCUCUCAUGAGACUUCCGUGA